AUGGCGGUCAAAGAAGGAAACACAGAGAUAACGGUCGGCGUCCUCGCCCUCCAAGGCGCUUUCAGCGAGCACAUUCAACUCCUUCGUGCGGCAUCCUCGAACAUCCCCUCGUCACCAACCUUCCACUUCAUCGAAGUCCGGACACCAGCCCAACUCGCACAAUGCGACGGCCUCAUCAUCCCUGGUGGCGAAAGUACAACCAUGUCCCUCGUAGCCGCACGUAGCGCUCUUCUCGAGCCCCUCCGCGACUUUGUCAAGGUCCAACGCAAACCAACGUGGGGUACAUGCGCCGGCCUCAUCUUACUAGCAGAGAGUGCGAAUAGAACAAAGAAAGGAGGCCAAGACUUGAUCGGAGGCCUAGACGUGAGAGUGAACAGAAAUCAUUUCGGGCGACAACAAGAGAGUUUCCAGGCAAACCUACAGCUGCCAUUCUUAGAGUCGACCAGCAAGACAAGCGCGACCGAUCCGUACCGAUGCGUCUUCAUCCGCGCGCCAGUUGUAGAGAAGAUACUUCCGAGUAAGAAGGCGGUAGGCAUACAAGAAGGAGAGAGUGAAAGGGACGAUACAAUUGUUGCGCCGAGCAAGACACCAGCGGAUGAUUUGGCGAGGAAGGAGUUGGAUCGCGAGGUCGAGAUCAUGGCAACGCUGUCGACCAACGCCCAGCCGUUGCAGGAGAACCAGGAACACAAUCACCCAGGUGCGGAGGACAUAAUAGCGGUACGGCAGGGCAACGUGUUUGGGUGUAGCUUCCACCCAGAACUGACCGACGACCCGCGGAUACAUGUUUGGUGGUUGGGAGAGGUCAUGAAAGCUGCGGAGAGGCGAAAGCAGUUUGAACUUGCGGAUCGAACUAAAUGA